AUGGACACCGUACAACACCCUUCGGCAACAUGGGAAGCAGUCUCAAACGGCAUCGUAUUUUACAGGCGCCAGCAGCUGUACACGCUCCCCGGAAAGCUUCCAAACCUUGCUGACUACUUGAUCGCUGGUUGCAAGAAUGGUGGGCCGAUAGCACUUAUGAGAGAUACCUCAAAGCUGGUUGCACUGGGUCGCGGAGGACCUGCAUUUACGAAAUCUCAAAUCCAGGUUUACUCACCUGCCGGGGAGGGCUUGCUGCUAUUCAGUUGGGAUCAAGGCCGAAUAGUGCGGUUUGGAUGGACUUUCGAUGAGCGACUCGUAGUUUUGAACGAGGAGGGCGUAUAUCGUCUGUACGACCUGCAAGGCGACUACCAGCAGUUCUCGCUCGGAAACGAGGCGGCGGAAUUGGGUAUAAUCGAUGCUAGAAUACAUGAGAAUGGACUAGUCGCCCUAACAGGCUCUUUGACUCUCCUAGAGGUGAAAAACUGGGAAGGAGGGAGACCAUUGGCGCUUGCAAACCCUGGGAUAUCCGAACCCCCUCAUUCGUGGGCAGUUGUACCCCCGGAUCAAUCGAUAUCGAGACAUGUUGAGGUGCUGCUCUCUGUGGAUGCCACUAUCCUUGCUGUGGAUAAUUUGGAAAGUGCAGACCAACGGGUAGCCCGUGGACCAUUUUUGCAUGUCUCUCCUUCACCAAAUGGUAAAUUCCUUGCAUUGUUAACAUUCUCUGGGCUCCUUUGGGUCGUUUCAUCGGACUUCCAACGUGAACUAGUCGUUCUCGACACAACAACUAUGGGUGCCGAAGGGCCAGUUAAUCAAGUGGAGUGGUGCGGCAACGACGCAGUUUUGGUUACUUGGAACGAUCUCGCAUCCCUCAUUCUGCCAUCACGAGCUAACUUGGCAGGAGAAACGCUGCGGUUUGGACUGUCUCUCUCUUGCAUAUCAAUAGCUGAUGACAUCAAUAGUUAUCUGUAUUUUGGGGCCACAUUUGUCGUCACGGAGGCCGAUGGUGCCCGUAUUAUAGGGCAGGAUGUCUGUGACUUCAUCCAGAAAGUGCCCGUAUCUUCAGUAUCCAUAUUCCGUCCAGGCUCGACAUCAUCAUCCGCCAUCCUCUUUGCAGCUUGGGAAAGUUUCUUACAAAAAUCGCCCAAAGCAGACGAGAACAUACGAAGCAUUCGGUCAGACCUCGCAGCGGCUGUGAAUGAGUGUAUUGAUGCUGCUGGGCAUGAAUGGGAGCCUCAUUGGCAGAGAAAACUUCUAAGUGCAAGUAUCCCGCUUCAAACUGGCCCCUCAGCCGCGAAAUUUGGAUGGGGAUUCCUAGACCUUUACAAUCCCACCGAUUUUAUAGCUAUGGGUCAAGCAUUGAAAGUUCUGAAUGCCGUCCGCUUCUACGAGAUCGGAAUCCCUCUGACGUAUUCGGAGUAUCAAUAUGUAUCCCCUACGCACCUCAUAAACCGUUUAACAUCCCGAAAUUUGCACCUUCUUGCUAUCCGUGUCUCUUCCUUCCUUUCUCUCAAACCUGACGUUGUUCUCAAACAUUGGGCGAGUGUAAAGAUCGCACGGCACAAGUCUUCAACUGUGGACGGUGAAGAUGAUGAAGUGUGCAGACUCAUAGUGGAUAAGUUUGAGAAGCUCGGGGGUGGAGAAGUGAGCUAUGCCGAUAUUGCCCGGAGAGCAUGGGAGGUUGGGAGGACGGGAUUGGCCACCAAGCUACUAGACCACGAAACCAGGGCCUCAGAUCAGGUUCCGUUACUAUUAACCAUGAAAGAGGACAGAGUAGCUCUUGUAAAAGCGGUCGACAGUGGCGACACCGAUCUCGUGUACCAUGUAUUACUACAUCUUCACAAGCGCCUUCCUUUAGGCUCUUUCUUCAAGUUGAUCGAGGAUGGUGGAGAACAGCUUGCACCUGCAAGCAAGCUUCUUCAAGUUUACGCGCGGGAGCAGAACCGAGAAAUGCUGCGAGACUUUUACUAUAGCGAUGAUAGGAGAGUGGAGAGUGCAACUCUGGCGCUGGACGAGGCAGCCCAAAUGACCGAUCCUCAUGCGGUGAUGACAGCUGUAAACACGGCAGAGAAGUUCUUUUCCGAGGACAAGGACCGUCCAUUUGAAGCCAAGAUGAUGAACGAAAGCGUUCGCCUGCUCGCGCUCCAGCAGCAAUAUGAGAAGGACUCGGAUGGCAAAGUCAAGUUUUUCGGGCAAAGCGUCUCAGAGACGAUACGCACGUGUAUCUUGAACGGCAUGAGCAAGAAAGCCGACCGCGUCAAGAGCGAGUUCAAAGUUCCAGACAAACGAUUUUGGUAUUUGAAGCUGCACGCGCUUACUUCUAUGCGAGAUUUCGAAGCAUUAGACGUGUUCGCGCGUUCAAAACGGAGUCCUAUUGGCUAUGAGGCAUUCGUAAGACAUCUUGUCGAAACUGGACAUCUCAAGGAGGCGGCCUCGUACGUGAUGCGAUGCGAUGGCCCAAAGCGCGUAGAGCUUUAUGUGUUGUGCGAAGACUGGCGUGCAGCGGGCAGGGAGUGCAAGGAACGCGGAGACAAGAAAGGGAUGGAGCAACUCAGGAAGUCGUGUCCUAAUUCCCUUAUUGCCAGAGAGUUGGAUCAACUCAUGGCAUCGAUGAAGUGAACUUCCUACCGAGUUCAAGGUGCACUGAGUUUUUGAAGGGAAUACCCCAGCCUUCUACGUGAUGAGUUUAUGCUGUACCCAUUGACCACGUUUUUUUUAAAUGCAAGAUUUGGUGAUCCUGUGAA